AUGGGCUGGGUAUUGAACGCCACUCCCGAGGUCGAGGCCAUCUCGCAGUGGCCGACCAUCAUCGCCAUCUGCACCGUUCUGUCGGUGCUGUCGGUCCUUAUCGUAGGAUCUCGAUUGUACAUCCGGCACACCGCCAGAGGUCUGGCUUCGGAUGACUGGAUGUCUCUGUUAUCGGUGGUUUUUGCUCUCGCUUACUCUGGUCUUACCAUCGGUCAAACGAGAUAUGGUCUCGGUUUGCCCAUCAAGCUCCGUCCCAAAGCGAACUUGAUUCAGUACACGCGCAUCAACUUUGCUGGCCGCCCCAUCUAUCAGAUUGGGAUCAGCUUCUUCAAGAUUGCGCUCUUGAUCAGUUACCUGCGCCUGCUCAAAGGCACCGAUCAGAAGAGUUACCGGCGGGUAGUCUGGAUGACCAUCAUCAUCGUGUUUAUCGCCCACUUGGGAUGCGCAUUUUCACUCGUGUUUGCAUGCACUCCUGUUGCCAGGUCAUGGAACCCGACACUCCCUGGCACAUGUCUGGCCCCGGGCCCGUCUUUCACCGCGUACGCCGUGGUCACCAUCGUCUCUGAUGUCGUCGUGGCCCUCCUCCCCAUCCCAGUCCUUCUCAAGCUCAACAUCCGCUUGGAGAAGAAGGUCGGCCUUAUCGCCAUUUUCCUGCUGGGUCUCUUCACGACGCUCUGCUCGAUUCUUCGCUACCUCGAAAUCAACCGCAUCCAGUUUGGCGACGGAAACUCGACGAUGCUGGUUUUGUGGGGAACCAUCGAGUUCAACGUUGGUAACAUCGUCUCCUCGCUCCCCUUCCUCGCGCCCGUGUGCAUGAAGAAGGCGAAAGACUACCGCUCGAAGUACUCUGGCGGCUCCUCCCACGGACGCAGCGGGAUGAAGCACGCCGAGCGGUACAAGCUCAGCGACAUGAACCACGACAAGAGCGUCUUCGCCUCGGCGAACCACAGCAAGGGCGACAACGGCAGCGAGGAGAACAUCCUCCCCGGCAACAUUAUGAAGUCCGUCACGUACAGCGUCCAGGUCGACGACAGAGUACAAGGCAAAGGGUCCACACGGAGGAGGGAUUCGAAAGAUUCGGUUUGA